AUGAAAGAGGCCGCAGUUUUGGCGAAAGGAUACAUUGCGGAUCUUUUCGCGCCCGAGGAAAUUACUAACAUUGGCCUUGAAGAGAUUGAAUUCGACUUGGAGACGGGCCAUUGGCGAGUAACCGUCGGAUUUUCGCGGCCCUGGGACCGGAUCAAGAACAAGACUGUUGCCUCUUCUCUGGGUUACCCACGUUCUGCUCGAUCUUACAAAGUUGUGAGCAUUAACGACGACACCAGCAACGUGGAAUCCGUUAAAGACUACGAUUUAGCUGGCAGUGAAGACCGGGAUUUGAUUGCCAGGCAUCGCCGGCUGGAAGACUACUCGGCAGCAGACUAUGAACUCUCGAUUGAUUUUCUGGCCCCGGUCAGUCGUGUACUGGUAACUCCCAACGCCCUCACGGAAACAUCCAAUUUGAUCAGGCAGCACAGGGACCCGCAGCGUUCCCAACUCAUGCGUCGGCUACGAGCAAUAAUACAGGAUAGUCAGGAAGUGGUAGUUGCCAGCGCCAAGGCUUCGGACAACCCGGUAUUUGAGGGCCUGGGGUUGACCGACGCGGUAUUGCUGGAAGUUGCUACUGCCGAAACGCCAUUGCUAACGGCCCUCUGGGAAGGAGCGGUCUACGACGACAACGGGCAGCUGCUGACCGGCUCCAUGCUGGACUACGCCCUGCCCCGCGCCCACCUGGUGCCCAACAUCGAAACCCUUUCCACGGAAACGCCGUCGCCCCACAACCCGCUGGGCGUCAAGGGCAUCGGCGAAACGGGAACAAUAGCCUCCACCGUAACCAUCUACAACGCCGUAAUCGACGCCCUGCGCCCCCUGGGAGUAACCCGCCUGGAAAUGCCCCUGACCCCCGAAAAAGUCUGGCGGGCCAUCCAGGAAGCAGGAGGGGCCUUCAGCACCGCCGUAGCCGAAAACGAAAUAGUAACCUCCGUUUCAGUGCCCACCCUGGUACACCACGACCACGAUACAGGCCACGGCCACGACCAUGGUCACGAACAUGACCACGGGCACGGCCACGAGCACGAAGCAACCAGCAUCCACGGCGAGGUAGGCGAGUACGCCAAAAUGUCCCACCCAGCCUCCUUCUACCCGGUGAUUGGUGGCGCGGUGGUCCUCAACGCCGAAAAUGGCCGGUGCAUCUCGGCCCGGGUGGCAGUGGGUGGCCUGGUGCCAUCACCGGUGCGCGCUCCGUCGGUGGAAGCGGCCCUGGCCGGCCAGGAACUGACCGCGGACAACAUAACCGCGGCGGCCAACCUGCUGCCCAACGACCUGGGCAACGAAAUCAUCGGCGACAUAUUCGCCUCGGCGGACUACCGCCGGGCCAUCGCGCCGGUGGAGGUCAAGCACGCCAUGUUCCACGCCAUAGGCCUGGCCCACCACUAG